GGCGCCGGCGGAGCUGCAGCUGCCUCGGCGCCGGCUCGGCUCCUCGCUCCGGGACGCGGCGGCUCGGCGGGCCGGGGGCGGCUCCUCCCGCUCCGGGCUGCGCCGCCGGCCUCCGGGACUGCAGGCAGGCCGCCGCUCUCCAGGAGCCAUGGGUGUCGCUGGGCCCAGCUGGGAUGCUGCCAGGCUCCGACGCUCCGCCUAAGCGACGGGCCCUCUCCCAGGCCCGCGCUCGCUGCCCGUCAUGGCCACGCUCGGCUGCUGCCCGCUCGUCUGGCGACCCCGGGCACCCAGCCCCAGCCCGGAGAGGUUAGGCCAGGCCCUGUGGCUCUUGUGCACAGGGGCGCGCCCGGCGCCAGGCCCCUUUCAGAGCCAGAGCGACUGAUGCCAUGGGCGAGGCCCCUGCCCACCUGUCCACUCGCCUGGCGCCUGCUCCGAGACCCAUGCACCAGGUCCCCCUGGGGGUGCCAGCCCCGUGAACUCCUCCCCUGUCCCCCGACGCUGAGAAGGCCCGGCCCACCCCCGCCAUGUGCGAGGUCAUGCCCACAAUCAACGAGGGGGACCCCCUGGGGCCCCCCCAUGGCUCCGAUGCUGACGCCAACUUUGAGCAGCUGAUGGUGAACAUGCUGGAUGAGCGGGAGAAGUUGCUGGAGUCCCUCCGGGAGAGUCAGGAGACCUUGGCAGCCACGCAGAGCCGGCUGCAGGACGCCCUGCACGAGCGGGACCAGCUGCAGCGCCACCUCAACUCCGCCCUCCCCCAGGAAUUUGCCACCUUGACCCGGGAGCUGAGCAUGUGUCGGGAGCAGCUUCUAGAAAGGGAGGAGGAGAUCUCAGAGCUGAAGGCAGAGCGGAACAACACCAGGUUACUCCUGGAGCAUCUGGAGUGCCUGGUGUCGCGCCACGAGCGGUCGCUGCGCAUGACCGUGGUGAAGCGCCAGGCCCAGUCGCCGUCCGGGGUCUCCAGUGAGGUGGAGGUGCUGAAGGCCCUCAAGUCGCUGUUCGAGCACCACAAGGCCCUGGACGAGAAGGUGCGGGAGCGGCUCCGAGCGGCCCUGGAGCGUGUGACCACCUUGGAAGAGCAGCUGGCAGGUGCCCACCAGCAGGUGUCUGCCCUGCAGCAGGGGGCAGGGGUUCGGGAUGGAGCAACAGAAGAGGAGGGGACGGUGGAGCUGGGACCCAAGCGGCUGUGGAAGGACGACGCGGGCCGGGUGGAGGAGCUGCAGGAGCUCCUGGAGAAGCAGAACUUCGAGCUGAGCCAGGCUCGGGAGCGGCUGGUCAGCCUGACGGCGUCGGUGGCCGAGCUGGAGGAGGACCUGGGCACCGCGCGCCGCGACCUCAUCAGGUCAGAGGAGCAGAGCAGCAAGCAUCAGCGGGACCUCCGGGAGGCCCUGGCCCAGAAGGACGACAUGGAGGAGAGGAUCACGACACUAGAGAAGCGCUACCUGGCUGCUCAGCGUGAGGCCACGUCCAUCCACGACCUCAACGACAAGCUGGAGAAUGAGCUGGCCAACAAGGAGUCCCUGCACCGCCAGUGUGAGGAGAAGGCCCGGCACCUGCAGGAGCUGCUGGAGGUGGCGGAGCAGAAGCUGCAGCAGACGAUGCGCAAGGCGGAGACGCUGCCCGAGGUGGAGGCUGAGCUGGCGCAGAGGAUCGCGGCCCUCACCAAGGCUGAAGAAAGGCACGGCAACAUUGAGGAGCAUCUGCGACAGCUGGAGGGUCAGCUGGAGGAGAAGAACCAGGAGCUGGCGAGGGUGCGCCAGCGGGAGAAGAUGAACGAGGACCACAACAAGCGGCUGUCCGACACCGUGGACAGGCUGCUCAGCGAGUCCAAUGAGCGGCUGCAGCUGCACCUCAAGGAGCGAAUGGCGGCCCUGGAGGAGAAGAACACGCUGAUCCAGGAGCUGGAGAGCUCCCAGCGGCAGAUCGAGGAGCAGCACCAUCACAAGGGCCGCCUGUCUGAAGAGAUUGAGAAGCUGCGCCAAGAGGUGGACCAGCUGAAGGGUCGAGGGGGGCCGUUUGUGGAUGGCGUCCACUCCAGGUCGCGCUCGGGCAGUGCAGCGGAUGUGCGCUUCUCCCUGGGCACAGCCCCCCACGCGCCCUCAGGCCUGCACCGCCGCUACUCGGCCCUGCGGGAGGAGUCUGCCAAGGACUGGGAGCCGUCCCCACUGCCCGGGGUGCUGGCCCCUGCCGCCGCCCCGGCCUUUGACAGUGACCCCGAGAUCUCCGACGUGGAUGAGGACGAGCCCGGGGGCCUGGUGGGCUCCGUGGACGUUGCCUCCCCCGGCGGCCACUCGGAUGCGCAGACCCUGGCCAUGAUGCUGCAGGAGCAGCUGGACGCCAUCAACGAGGAGAUCAGGAUGAUCCAGGAGGAGAAGGAGUCCACGGAGCUGCGUGCCGAGGAGAUCGAGACUCGAGUGAGCAGCGGCAGCGUGGAGGCCCUCAACCUGACUCAGCUGCGCAAGCGCGGCUCCAUCCCCACCUCGCUGACCGCCCUGUCCCUGGCCAGCGCGUCCCCUCCGCUCAGUGGCCGCUCCACACCCAAGCUGGCCUCCCGCAGUGCUGCCCAGGACCUGGACCGCAUGGGGGUCAUGACCCUGCCCAGUGACUUAAGAAAACAUAGGAGGAAGCUGCUGUCGCCAGUGUCUCGGGAAGAGAACCGAGAGGAUAAAGCCACCAUAAAAUGUGAGACUUCUCCUCCUUCCUCACCCAGGACGCUGCGGCUAGAGAAGCUUGGCCAUCCAGCCCUGAGCCAGGAAGAAGGCAGGAGUGCUUUGGAGGAUCAGGGCAGCAACCCGAGCAGCAGCAACAGCAGCCAGGACUCCUUGCACAAGGGCGCCAAGCGCAAGGGCAUCAAGUCGUCCAUCGGCCGCCUGUUCGGGAAGAAAGAGAAGGGCCGGCUCAUCCAGCUGAGCCGGGACGGAGCCACGGGCCACGUCAUGCUGACAGACUCCGAGCUUGGUCUGCAGGAGCCCAUGGUGCCUGCCAAGCUGGGGACCCAGGCAGAGAAGGACCGGCGGCUGAAGAAGAAACACCAGCUGCUUGAGGAUGCCCGCAGGAAGGGAAUGCCCUUCGCCCAGUGGGACGGCCCCACUGUGGUCUCCUGGCUGGAGCUCUGGGUGGGGAUGCCCGCCUGGUACGUGGCCGCCUGCCGGGCCAACGUCAAGAGUGGCGCCAUCAUGUCGGCCCUGUCGGACACGGAGAUCCAGCGUGAGAUCGGCAUCAGCAACGCCCUGCACCGCCUCAAGCUCCGGCUGGCCAUCCAGGAGAUGGUGUCGCUGACCAGCCCGUCCGCCCCGCCCACCUCCCGGACCUCUUCCGGGAAUGUCUGGGUCACCCACGAAGAGAUGGAGACUCUGGCGACACCCACCAAGACAGACAGUGAGGAAGGCAGCUGGGCUCAGACCCUGGCCUAUGGGGACAUGAACCACGAGUGGAUUGGGAACGAGUGGCUCCCCAGCCUGGGGCUCCCCCAGUACCGCAGCUACUUCAUGGAGUGCCUGGUGGAUGCCCGCAUGCUGGACCACCUCACCAAGAAGGACCUGCGGGUCCACCUGAAGAUGGUGGACAGCUUCCACCGGACCAGUCUUCAGUACGGCAUCAUGUGUCUGAAGAGGCUCAAUUAUGACCGGAAGGAGCUGGAGAGAAGACGGGAGGAAAGCCAGCACGAGAUCAAGGACGUGCUCGUCUGGACCAACGACCAGGUGGUGCACUGGGUACAGUCCAUUGGGCUCCGGGAUUACGCGGGAAACCUGCAGGAGAGCGGCGUGCACGGAGCCCUGCUGGCCCUGGAUGAGAACUUCGACCACAACACGCUGGCCCUGGUCCUGCAGAUCCCCACGCAGAACACCCAGGCACGCCAGGUGAUGGAAAGAGAGUUCAACAACCUGUUGGCCUUGGGCACAGACCGGAAGCUGGAUGAUGUGAGUCCUUGGCUGGCGAGGACAAGGUGUUCCGCCGAGCACCGUCCUGGAGGAAGCGCUUCCGGCCCCGGGAGCCGCACGGCCUGCUCGGCGCCUCGGCAGAGACGCUCCCCGCCGCCUUCCGCGUGGCCACCCUGGGGCCCCUGCAGCCCCCUGCCGCGCCGCCUCCCAAGGUCACGCCAGAGGCCGGGACGGCGGGGGCGCCCAGGCUGGAGGCCUCCACGGUCCGGACCUACUCCUGCUGACCCCCCCUCCCGCCCCGGCCCCCGCGGGGUGUGCCCGAGGCGCGGGCUCGCUCCCACUAUCUCUACGGUCACAUGCUCUCCGCCUUCCGGGACUAGCCACGGUCGUGGCCUGUCCCCACUGGGGUCCCCAGGCCCAGCUGGCCCAGCCCUCCCGCCGUUCCAGUCCUGCCGCGGCCCCCAGUCUCCGUGACUCCAGCGGCCCUGGAUCUCAGAACUCCCUGGACCCCCUUGGCCUCCCACCCCCGUGCCCCCUCCGUAAGUCUCUCGUGGCCGUGGCUGGCGUCCGGCUCGUCCCUGCUGGGGAUUUCUGCAGAAGGCGCAGGACGCAGAGGCCCAGGGCGGGCGUGACCUCACCCUCCCUCUGGGCCUAGCCUGGCCUGAACUGCGACCCCACCGGAGACCGGGACCUGUGGCAGGCCCGGGGACGGCCCUCCAGGCGCUGCCUUGCUCAGGCUCUGGGGCCUUCGGGUCCCAGGCACGUCCCAGCUGCGGAACCCCCGGUUCUGGCGCUCCCGGCCUUCCCCGUCUGUCCACAGGGCAGCUCCUGGCUCCAGGACCUCCCUGGGGCCCGGCUGGGAGGGGCUGCGGAAGGGCGGUGAGGCUGGGGCAGGAAGGCUAAGCGGGGACUCCAGGCGCAUGCCCAGGAUCCAUCCCCAACGUGACCUGGGGGCGAAUCGGAGAGAAAUGGGGCCCUGAGUUCUGAGCCAAGGUUAAGGAUGGGGAACCCGUGAGGCCUCCCGCCCAGUGAGAGGUGCCGCCCGCUGGAGGGCGAGCCGGUGGCCUGUGUCCACCUCAGGCCUAGACUGCAGGGGACCCGCAGGUGGAGCUGCCGCUUGGGGCGGGGCUGGGGCUUGCGUGGGGGCUUGGCUCUGGGGCAAGGGAGCUACCCCACAGAGCCUACUCUGCUCCUGGGUUCCCGCCCCUGCCCCACCCCUUUAGUAACCCAGCCCCUAAAAAUCUACGUUGACCUUGAACCAGGUCUGGGAGAGGUGGCCUGAGGCUCUGUUCCCCUGGUCUCUCGGGAGGAGGCCAGGCGUCCCCUUCAGCGAGCCCCAGCCCAGGUCCAGGAAGCGCAGUUGCUCCAGGCCGUCGCUCUCCCGCCUGGCCCUAAAUCACCCACCCCUCGUUCAGGGCUCUUUGGGGGCAGGGACUGCCUCCUCCAGAAAUUCCUGAGACCCCCCCCAACUCCCGUCCUUUUCAUCGCUUUCCCCAGCAGCACGGUGGCGUCCAGGGCUGGGGGUCCAGGUCCCAGCGUGCUCGGAACGUCACGCCCAAGAAACCCCUCUUCCUUCCCCACCUCCUCAUCUUGCCAGAAUGCCUGGAAGUGUUUGGGACCCAGGUUCGGGGGGAGCUGAUGGGACCCAGGGCUUCACCCUAGUGAGAGGAGAGGAAAGGGGCUGGAGCCUGCUUCCGGGGAGGUGCCAGGGCCGCGCUGUCCUCCAGGCGGCCGAGCAGCUGGUGUGCAACCCGAUCGACUUGGGUUCGAGCAGGGGCUUGGCUAGCAGGUGGGAGGGUGGGCCAGAGCCCCGCAGAGCCGGGGCAGUGCCAGGGCGCGGAGCCCCCUGCUCCUUCUCAGUAGAGGAGGGGUGGCCCCGGGGUGGGGCCGAGCGGGCUACCCUCCCCGUCCUCGCCCUCCCUGCCCCUCAGGCUGCUGCAAGUGCAGCUGCUCAUUCUUGAGCAGAGAACGUGGUGGAUGGAGAGAGAAGGCCCCUCCCCGGGUGGUGGACGUGAGGCUCCUGAGACCCUGGGGGUGGGGCCACAGGGCUGCCUAGCUGCAGCAGGGGACACUUGAUGGCCGAGUGGGAGAUCCAGUCCGGCUUCUCCGGCACGCUUGGCCUUGGCCCCGGCCCCGUCAUGGUCGGCCACGUGCCUGGGUCCUUUCAGGGUGACUUGGGAGGGGCCGCAGGGCGGUGGCGGUUGGGAGAACCCGUGUGUGCCGCGAUGGGAGGCUGCAGCUUGGUGUGCCCCUCACCCCACAGUCCGUGUAGUUUUUACUUGGAGACUCGCCAGUGACCCGAACCCCCAUCGCCAGCCCCCUGUGUCCUGCCGGUCCCCUUCUCAGUACUGUACUGGCUCCGCGCGCCAGGGCUGGGGUGUGGGGUGUGAGUGUGAGCGUGGCUGUGUACGUACCAAUAAACAACCUGGGUUUAAAACAACCUA